AUGGGAAUGCCAUAUUCAAAACAAGUCCACGCGGCGUUCGAUCAAGUCACGCCGCUCGUGGCCGCUGGAUUCGAAGUUCUCCGCACGACCAAGAACAUUGCAGUCUUUCUUGCCUUCCUCCAAGUAUUCGUAGCCCUCAUAUUGACUCUCACGCUACUAGCGAUCCUGGCGGUUAUAUACUCUGUCAAUCCAGACUUGGAAGAAGAACGUCGUGCGCUCGUUACACCGUGCAUGCAAUGGAUAGCGAGUUGGGUGAUGGAGUAUGGAUCUUUAACGGCGUGGAUUUUAAAGCUCCUUCUAGUUCUCGGUACUGCUGGGCUGGGAAUAGUUCUCUGGCAAGGGUCUACGACCGAGGUUAUUCCGGAGGUUGAAGGCGAGGAAGACGCUCCCGAGGAUGUUGAGUGA